GAGUCAGAAGUAGAGAAUAACAUAAAGAAACUAGAAAGAAAGAAAUUAGAAUGGCCACCUUAGACGAACGCCCAUCUGCGAAAAGGUGGCUUCCUCUUGAAGCUAACCCAGAUGUCAUGAACCAGUUCCUCUGGGGUCUUGGCCUUCCAAUGGAAGAGGCAGAGUGUUGUGAUGUUUUUGGCUUGGAUGAAGAGCUUCUGGAAAUGGUUCCGAAGCCAGUUCUUGCUGUGCUUUUUCUUUAUCCCAUUACCGCAAAGGUUAGUUUCAACUCACGAAACAUGUGAGUUUUUCUUUUUCCA